CAACGAAGUUUCAGUUGAUCACUAGAGUUCGACCGUUCAUGUGUUCUCGCUCAAUCUGCGCUCCGUGUCGAAGAUAACUGUAAAUCCGCGACAAAGAAAGACGAAGUUUUACCUUGGACUAACCGAGAACAGAGAGGCUAAUCUAUCUCUGGGCUUCGCGAUUGGCGUGUAUCGUUGUUAAUAGUGACUAUCGCGGGAACCGAAGUGAUCCAAAAAUUCGCUGGUUAAUAUUCAACAUAUUUCUUUUUCUCGAGGUGGAUUUUAAUCAGAAGUAAUCAGUGAUUACUGAUCGUCGCUAGAAUUACGUCCUAAGAGACGAGAAGACACUUCGAGAGAUACCAGAAGUGAUUACUAGUGUGGUUGAUGUCUUUGAAGAACGCAACUGUGGCCGACCAUGAGAAUGGUGGCCUGAAGCCUUAGGGUGAAGUGUCACGUUAACAUGCGCUAAGGUUCAGCAGAAUGCCGAAAAUUUUCUUGAUCAAGAAUCGAUUGCAUCAACAACAAUUGAGACUAUUAGAGGCACACCACGCCGGAAAGAAUUCAUCGACUAAUGGUGCCGAACCUCUCAGUCUCAUUGUGAAUAAACACCAGUAUCGCGAGAAAACAGACGAUGAUCGAGCAACGACCCCGGAAUCAUUACGCAGCACCAGUCCAGCUUCUUCUCCACCGCCACAAUGGCAAUCGAGUACUCCAACCGAUACACCGCCGCGUCGAUUCAUCUCGAGUAUUCUCGGCGGAGACGUACCAUACGGGAGCAGAGGACACGUACUGACUAGGGCAGAACGUAAGGAAUAUAACAGCCCACCAAUAGUCCCCUCCUCUAGCGAUGCUACUCAAUUUCUCUCGAAAUCGGAGAAGCUGGUGCUACCCAGACCCGACACUCCUCCAAAAACGCCAAGAGUCGAACCACCGACUAGAGUGUCAGUCAUUCAGAGGGUGCCUUCACAAGGUCAGUCAACAUCUAGGAGGGAGGAUAAAAUUGAGGUGCCACAAGUUCACGAACCGGAACAGGAACAGCCAAUCGAUUACGCCGUGCCGAAGAGAAAGGAAGAGGACGAGGAGCGAGGUCGUGAAGGAGCAAAAGUAUCGCGCGCGAUCGGCAAUUCAAUUGCUAGGCCUCUUCUAGCUAUGAGAUUAUCUGGUCCUCAGGUAGUUCACGCAGCAGCAGGUCACGGAAGAUCUUCAACUUCUGGUAGCAGCGGAAGUUCCGGUUCUAGCAACGGGUCUAGCAACUCUGGUAGUUCCUCUUCUUCGAAUUCAGGCGGAAGUGGUAGCUACUGCGGAGGCGGGGCAGUCACAGGUGGUAGUGGAGGCGGUGGAGCUGUAGGCGGAGGUGCUGGAGGUGGAAUGAAUCCUGGUGGAAACGGCCGCGGAAAUUACGGUCCGAGUUCGCCACCCACUGGCUCUUUACCUCCCUUCUACGAGUCGCUCAAGGGCGGGAAUAAUCUGGCGAACUUCGCAAAUCAGUACAACAGUACUCAAGGAAACGGAUAUCUGACACCAUCACCGGCGGUAGGAAUGGACUGCGACGCAGGACAGCAAGACAUGAACUCGCAGCAUUCUCAGUAUAAUGCUCAAGAUGGCAAGCAAUACUCUCUUCUACAGAAUGUAUGCGCAUCUUAUGGUUUGACACUGAAAGAGGAGGAAGAUCUAUCAGCAUACAAAAUACAAGCAAACGAUUUGCUAUCGGGACAGUAUGGCGCCUAUGAUAUGACCGACACAGGAAUGAUGGUAGACAUGGUGACGGGCGCCGUUGUAGAUCCCCUUCAGUUCACCGCUACCUUGACCUUCAACUCACCCUCGGAUCAUACCGCUCUUCUUGAGAGUCUGAGCGACGCUGCCGAUCUGUUUCUACCAAGGCUACCAGCUGAGGAUGGUAGCAAUGAUCUUCUGGAAGAAUCUUUGCACUCGCCAGCUUCGGCUGGAAGUGGAAUCGGCCAGGACGGCGGGCAAAUGACCACUCCCGUAGAACCGAGCGUCGAUCCUUUCCCAGAGCACAGCAUGGCCUUAACCAGAGGCUUCGACACGUCGAGGAGCAGCUACACAGCAGUUCCUCAACAUUUCAGUUCGAAAUUAGGGCUGACCUACGCUACAGCAGAGUCAAGUUAUCAGCCCAUCUCCAAGGAACGCCCGGAGCUCGCGCUUCACAUUAAUCAGAACCACCAACACCAAUCAGAACCGCAGCUGCAACAGCUACAGAUACAGGUGCAGUUGCAACAACACCAACAGCACCAACACCAGCACCAGCAGCACCAGCAGCAUCAGCAGCAGCAACCGCCGCCGCAGCAGCAGCAAGCCACAACGACCUCUUCUCAUCAACAGCAACACCAAGGAUUGUUGAGUCCAGGAUUAAGUUUUACCGGUAGCGGUUUGGAAUUAGACUCUGGUAGUAGCGUUGGUGGGAGCUUACCAAGCCCAGGAGCAGCUAGCUGUUCUUUGGACGCCGCCUCGACUAGCACAUCGCCAUCCUGUGCUCUGAUGGAACACGCACCAAGCCCGGCGGCUACGGUGUCCUCUGCGUCGGUAAAUACCGUGCAACCGACUGGCCCUGUCGGAGAACCACCGCUGACGCAACGGGUCGGUGUACUGCAACAAAGGCUUGGUCUUCCUGGUGACUGUCAAUUGGAGUUUGUAAAUGGCGGCCAUGGAAUUAAAAAUCCUCUGGCGAUCGAGGGUCAGAGACAGGCUGCGGCUACUCGCGAGGAAGAGAGAGCAGCUCGACCUCCGCCUGGCAAGGAUGACGAUCCGAAUCGUUUCACGUGUCGCGUGUGCACCAAGAAUUUCAGCUUGCAAAGACUUUUGAAUCGUCACAUGAAAUGCCACAGCGACGUAAAACGUUAUUUAUGCACAUUCUGUGGCAAGGGUUUCAAUGACACGUUCGAUUUGAAGAGGCACACCAGGACACACACCGGUGUUCGUCCGUACAAGUGUAAUCUCUGCGAAAAGAGCUUCACGCAGAGGUGCUCUUUGGAAAGUCACUGCCUUAAGGUUCACGGUGUUCAACAUCAAUACGCAUAUAAGGAACGUCGCACAAAGGUAUACGUAUGCGAAGAAUGCGGUCACACAACGCAGGAGCCGGAGGUCCAUUACCUACAUCUGAAAGAUAAACACCCAUACAGCCCAGCUUUGUUGAAGUUCUAUGAUAAGCGACAUUUCAAAUUCACCAACAGCAAUUUUGCCAACAUGUUGCUCCAGGGUACGUGAAGAGAGACGAGGAAAAAGAAAUCCGAUAUUCGAACAAAAAGAAUAGCAGAAGCAAGAACACGAAAUUGUUCUUCGUCAUGUAACUCUUCAGGGUGGCCUGUUGCAACGGGACUCGCGGAAUACGGACAGCUGCGUAAAAUCAGCCUCGAAAAGCCUCGAAGCACCUCUUCAACGUGCCACGACAUUGUUGCACCUGAGUCGAACUUCCAGCUUGUGAUGAUGACUACAAAGACAGCGGGAAGAGGAAGAAGAGGGAAAAGAAACGAAAAAAAGAAGAACGAAGAGGGAGGCUGACUACGAUUUUUUAGCUACUCAACUGGAAGGCCAUCAAACGCAUCUUGAAAUAAACGUCGCGCGAAAAGUACCUGCAGAUGGCCCCCUUAAGCGGUGAUACACGACGGCGUCGAGGGCCGAUGACGAUCAGAUUAAUUGCGAUUAAUCUCAUAAUUAUCCACAAGAUUUGUACUGACUCAUGAAUCCCAGAAUAUACGGAUAAAAAAAAUAAAAAGAAAGAAAGCACAUUUGCAUACACAGUAUUGACUUAUUGAGUACACGAUAACUGACGCAUAAGGUUUCAUCAACCACAUAUAGGUAGAUAUAUAAUAUAUGUAUAUGUGUAGACUAUGAUAUUUAGGUUACAGAAAGAGACGAAAGUCAAAGUUGCGAAGAAAAAGAAAAAUUAUACCCAAAGACUCGGAUCGAACGUUUCAGGAAUGAUGAUCAUUUCUUCUCGUCGACAAGAUUUCCUUACCGCGAGAUGGGAUUACGCGGUCCCUUUUAGAACGAUUUUUUUUUUCUUUUAGCGAUACACGGCAAGUUACGUUGCUUUCCGACUUAGAGGGUAAACAAUUACGUAGAAGUAUCUGACAUUUGCACGAGACCUGUGUCAGGUAUUUCUCAAAUUUUCGUUACACCGAGAUAACGAUACAUAUUUUGGUAAACAUAUCGUGUCUUGAGGUAAUUGUUCUUAUUUCCAAUCGUUGCGUUUCGACUGAGGCAUUUCGGAGAAAAGGAGAAUGCAAAAAGAAAUUUUUUGUUUGUUCUUUUCUUUUAAAUAAUAGACGCCUAUCGGUACGCGCUUUGGGAAAUCUGUGAUAUAAUAACAAUUUUACUCAUUCCUCCGCGCACAGGAUUUCGCUUAUUGCACCUUGGUUCUUUCAUGGGACGAGCACUGUCAUAGUAAAGUGAGAUUACACGAUACACAUAUACACAUUUCUUCACAGUGUUUUCUGUAUACAGAAAAUCCCCUUCUUCUAUUUAUUUUCCGAUUUCAAUCGUUGAUAUUUUUUUUUAUUUUAAAUCCGAUAUGAUUCAUUUUAUAUAUCAAAGGUUUUAUUACUUUUAAUUUCUUAGUAAAAUUAAUAUAUUGACAAACGCCAAAAAGGCAGUGCAUAAACAGACAAAUAUAAUGGGGUUUCGUGCAAUUCUAUGGUGGUAGGUUAUAUGAUUACUUGGGCGACACAUGUAUAACAGCGUACGAAUCUGUUCGCGAUUCGAUUUAUCAAUAAAGUAACAAUCCGAAUCAUCAUCGAGGCACUUAUACAUAAUUUCGCGAAAGCUUAAAAGUCCAGGUUAUACAAAUAGGAAAAUCUGCUGGUAGCAAACCGAAUUGUACUCUGCGAAACGGGUAUAUACUUUUUUAGAAACACCAAUUGGUUUCUGACUAAACUGCACAAUCGAUAUAAUGUUCUUAUAAAUCUUGACCUAUCAUAUUUUGCCGUUAAACAAAUCAAUCUGUCGAAAUCUAAAUCGAUUUUAAAAUCUAAAAACCGUUUAAAAUCCUCGAGAUCUUAUCGCUGUUUUAUUGAGAUGUUAUUUGAAUAUUGGGAUAUAUACAUACUAGGACACAUUGCAGUUCAAUUACACCACUUAUUCAUUUCUUUUCACACAAGCAAAACAACAAUAUAAGAACUGAAAUAAACACAAUGAACAACACGUUUAGAAACGUACAUUUAAGUUGUGAUAUUUUCCUUUGAAUACAGAUAAGUUUCCAGCAAAUUCACAAAGUGUAAAUAGUAUUCACAUGCAGGUAAUUGUUAGAGUAUUUUCAACAUUCUUUAUCAUUUUACAGUAUAUCGUGCGGACGAAUAGCGCAACUUGUAUAUAGCAAAUAUUAAUUAGGUUGCACGAAACGAAAACAGUCUUAAAUCUUUGAUUAUCUGGUACCUUCUUUUUGUAUCGAUAAUGUAUACUAUUUUCGCUAACAUAUCUUGACAAUACUCGGGAAUUAUAAUACUUCUCGUGGUAAUCUAUUAAUUAUAACUAAUAUUACUUUAUUGCUAAUAUUAUUGUAUUUUAAUUUUAAUAUAAUAUUAUUAUUAUAUAAUUAUGAUUGUAUAAGUAUUAAUAAAUAUUAUUUCUAUUACGAUUAUUUAAUUUACGUCCAGUAUUGUUCAAAACUAGCAUUGAGAUAUUGCUACUAUCAUUAUUAAUACACAUCUCCAUUUUAUACCCACUAUCAUUUGCACCAAUAUUCACCAAUAGUUAUUUAUCUUGACCUUUCAAGACAUGUCAGGACACUCUAUCACCUUUCCCUUUUCUAGUAUUGUUGCAAUAUUAUGUUUUCCAACUGUGUAAUAUUAUGUUACUAUUAAUAUCGUUAUUUCUCCUCAAUUAAUAAUUCUGACUAUAUAUUGACUUUAUUAAUAAUUUAGAAAUAUAUAAAUAUAUAUUUGUAUAUGCAUUAUCUAUAUACCUAUAUAUCUAUACAAAUAUAUAGAUAUGCAAAUAGAUAGAUAUAUAAAUUAGAAAAAUAUAUAUAUAUAUGUCGACGUUAUCACAUGCUAUUAAUAAAGUGCGCCAUGUACGUUCGAAUUUUUGAAUGAGUGUCAAAUGACUAUCGUAUGCGUGAAAGAUAGAAAAGAGUGUGUUUCGCACGACUGUUCAAUAUACUGUGUAUGACGGAUCUUGGAGAAUUUGAAAUUUUAAAGUGUCAAGCAAUACUAAUACUGAUGUUAGUACUGAUGUUUUACACCACACAUAGACACUGAUCUAGGCUCUCAACCCUGUCGUCAUUCAUUGAUGUUAAAUUUAACGAAUUUCGAAUACGCGCUGUCUGUGUAUGUAGAAAUAGAGGAAAUAAUAAAAGUAAUAUUAUAUGCA